AUGUCUGUAACUUUACACACCAGCCUAGGCAAUAUCAAAAUCGAAGUAUUUUGCGAUAGCGUACCCAAAACCGCAGAGAACUUCCUCGCCCUCUGCGCCUCCCACUACUACGACCUCUCCCCCUUCCACCGUCUAAUCCCCACCUUCAUGAUCCAAACCGGUUCCCCCUCCCCCACCAACCCACAUCUCCCUUCCCCUCCCCCAAAAGGCGGCGCCUCCAUCUGGAGCACUCCUUUUGCCGACGAAAUCCGUCCCUCCCUGCGCCAUCACGCGCGCGGUAUCGUAUCGAUGGCUAACAAAGGCCCGGAGACCAAUGGAUCCCAGUUUUUUAUCCUCUUUGCGCCGGCUCCGCAUCUCGAUGGGCAGAAUACCGUGUUUGGACAUGUGAUUGGGGAGGAGAGCUUUAGGGUGCUAGGGGAAAUGGAGGGAUUAGAGGUGGAUAGGAAGAAUAGACCCAAGGAGAAGGUGCUGAUUGAGGGGGUGACGGUGCAUGCUAAUCCAUUGGCGGAGUGA